AUGCAGACCAUGCCGCCCCGAGCAUCGCUGACCAGCUCGUUCUCCGUCACCGACGCCAACAACGAGGUGGUUUGUCCCCUCAAGAACAACGAUGGCUCCAAUUGUCGGAAGAGAUGCCUGGGCGAGAAGCGCUACCGCUCCAUGCAGGAGCACAUCCGACGAGCCCACCCCAAUCACUACAUCCCGAAGCUCCCGGCCACCGAGGAGAGCUUUAUCCUGAUGGUGACCACUCCUCCGGACCAGCGGGCGCACCUCUCUCCCCCCAAUCAGGCCCCCUCUCGGCGACGCAAUGAUCUCGCGGAUCGGGAUAUCUACGUCGCGGACGCUAGCUCCCCGGCCACCCCGCGGGGCAUCGACGAGGCGCACCCCGCCGCCGCAACAGCGGCCGUCGCAUUGGCCCAAUUGCACCAUAAUCGUUUGGCUUCGGACUGGGACACGGACAUGGAAACCCAUUCGGAUAACGACCAGGACCGACUGCGAUCGAUUGAACUCCCCUCCCUGAGGGACCACUUCAAGCAAGAGUCGCUCCCGCCAUUCUCGUCCCCUCGCCCGCGGGAGCUUCUGCCUUCAAUCUUGACGCACUCGCCGCCCGGUCGCUCUUCGACUCUGCCUCCUAUCCAGCGUAGAGACAAGCUCCCCCGUCCUCGCAAGUCUUCCAUCUCCGGAGCACGCAAGCCGAAACAUGAACGGACCAAAUCGAAGGAAUACGGUCGGCGCCCCAGUCUAGGUGAGCGCAAGGCACUGUCCGCGGAGCCCCAAACCGCGGCAUGGGCACAGGGCAAGCGUUGGGAAGAUCUGAUUGAAGCAGCCACAUCGGCCACGGAAGUAGAUGACGACCACCAGUCGGAUGUCGGCCGGUCGCCUACCAUGCCACCAUUGAUUUCCAACAUCACGUCGGCCCCUCUGGUGGGACACAACCGCUCGUCCCUGCCCCCGGCUUUCCAGCACUCGUCCGGGCUGCCCCCUCCCGCCUCCCACCGGCCGCCGUUCCCGCCUCACUCGUAUACGGCGUCGCCCCUGCACAAGUCGCUGACUCCGCCGCCGUUUGACACCGCCCGCAGUCGCGACAGUGAUUUGGAGCCAUUCCCGUCCAUUGAAUCGUCCAUCGAUUCCGCGUCGUCGGCCUCCGGGAAGACCUACGCAUUCUCGAGCCAUCUCGGCCAUUCCAACCAUGAGUCGAGCCCCGUGUUGAAUUUGUUCCCCGCGUCUGCGUCCCAGCGCCAGCAUCAUCGGUUUUCUAAUCCCACUCCCGCAUCGUACCGCAGCAAGGAAAUCCAGAUCUACUGUGCCAGCUGCAAGCGGCCGUCGGCGUUGAGUGAGUGCUAUGCCUGUACAGAAUGUAUAUGUGGAGUGUGUCGGGAGUGUGUGGGCAUGUUCAUCAGCAGCCCCCCUGCCUCGUUCCGCAACGUGACAUCGAGCCCUGGCAGCGCGAUGUCGCACGGUCCGACCGGCUAUCCCACGCGGGGCUGCCCUCGCUGCCGCACUGUAGGUGGGAAGUGGAAAGCUUUCCAGCUCGACUUCAGGUGA